AUGAGUUAUCUACAAAAGAUUAGAAGACAGGAAGAAGAUGCGAUUCAGUCGGCUUCAACAGAUCCUGUAACUCCUAUUACACGGAGAUCCUCAUCCACUCCUAAUUCGAAACAAAAAAAAACGUCAGAGUCGCGUCAUGAUAUAGAGGCUUUUUUCAUUUUGAUCGCGACUUUAUUUCGUAAUAUUCCUGAUGAAGGACUUAAAUGUUGGAUAGAAACGAAAUCAUUGAUUAAUUGGGGAGCAAGUUUUCAAGAAACGGGAAUGAUGUGUGCUUAUUUGGAAAU